UGCACGCGGGCGCGUGCGUCUGCGUCUAUGUGCGCGCUGAGAGAGAGAGAGAGAGAGAGAGAGAGAGAAGGGGAGGAAAAAGGGAAAAGAGACGCGUCCCAUCCUUCUCAUGCUCUCUGUUUUGAGGAGUUUUUUAAUUUUCCUGUCUGGAGAGCUCCGAGCACGGACACGCGCCUGAAUGUGCUCGUGUAUGGCUGUGUGUGAGUGGGUGUGAGUGUGUGUGUGUGUGUGUGUGUGUGUGUGUGGGAGUGUGUGUGUGUUUUUAUCAGAGCGGAUGAAAAUGAUGCAGAGCGCCUCCGUGUUGCCCAGCGAAAGCGCCGCGAAGCCCGACAUGCUCGUCCCACUGCAGCAAGUCCCGGAGUGUGCGGGAUGUAACCAGCGUAUCUUGGAUAAGUUUGUGUGUAAGGUUCAGGAUCUGCACUGGCACUCCACCUGUCUCAGGUGUGCAGAGUGUGACGAGCUGCUGAAUGACAGGUGUUACUGCAGAGGAGGACACGUCUACUGCAGAGAACACUUCUACACGCGUUUUGGGACGAAGUGUGCGUCGUGUCAGCAGGGCAUCCCUCCUUCUCAGGUGGUGCGUAAAGCGCAGGACUUCGUUUAUCACCUGCACUGUUUUUCAUGUGUGAUGUGCAGCAGACAACUGGCCACGGGAGAUGAGUUUUACCUGAUGGAGGACGGCCGGCUCGUCUGCAAGGUCGACUACGAAACCGCAAAACAGAAUGAUGACUCAGAGUCAGGAGCGAAACGUCCUCGUACUACCAUCACGGCCAAACAGCUGGAGACGCUGAAAAGUGCAUAUAAAAACUCUCCUAAACCGGCACGGCACGUCCGAGAGCAGCUCUCCUCCGAAACAGGACUCGACAUGCGAGUAGUACAGGUGUGGUUCCAGAACAGACGAGCGAAGGAGAAGAGAUUGAAGAAAGACGCUGGACGCCAUCGAUGGGGUCAGUUUUUUAAAAGCGUGAAGCGGAACAGAGGAGCAACGAAGGUGGAGAAGGAAAGCUCGGCUGAGGAUGGAGGGAUCAGUGACAGCGAGCUCAGCUUCAGAGACGAUCAGAUCCUGUCAGAACUGAGUCACGUGAACGGCCUGUACGAGAGCGUCGCGGACGUUUCCGGGGGCAACGUGAUGAACAGCGGUUUCUCAUUAGAGGCUGCAAGUCCUUAUUCACCCUCAUCCAUCAGCUCGCUGCCUGGACAUGCCCACCUACUUGGAGGUGUGGCCUUCAGCAUGGAGGGGCUAGCAGGGUCGGCAGGUCAGCCGCUCCGAGCCGUGACCUCCGACCUUUCUACGGGCAGCAGCACCGGAUACCCUGACUUCCCCACAAGCCCUGCAUCCUGGCUGGAUGAAAUGGACCACGCCCAGUUUUGAAGGUCAAAAGAUCAUAGACACAAGGAACAAAAAAGAAUUCUGGGGAUUUUUUUUUCUCUCGGACGUUGUGAUUUUAGUCUAGCGCAGUUUACGAAGGUCAUGAAGACGUAAAAAGAAAACAAAAGAAAUAAUGGACACUACAAAGUGCACACUUUCCUGAAAGGACACUAUUUUGGUUUUAAUAUUUUGGUUCCUGAUAAUCAAAGUUUUAUCAACUUUCUUUUCUUCGUCUGUGUUGGAUUAAUCCAUCUACAUGAUUUUGAUUCUGUAAAGAGUGUGUGUGUCAUAUAGUUGCAAACAUACACACAUUACAACAUUACAGGGACACGAGUCACACACUCCUGCCCUUUUUCCACUACUGUUUUUAAUGCACCCUUGCUGACUUAGAUGAGCAAUCAAGUCAACACCGCUGUAUACUUUCAGGAGCACAACUUACCCAGAAGGCUUUGCUGCAAUCUGAUGACGUGCAAAAGAGCGCAAAAUGUUUACUGCUAGCUAAGAGCCAUGCUAGCAACUUAAGCCACUGUACAGGAUGCUUAAUGCUGGUUUGUGUUCCUUUUAAACAACUUGCAACAAGUGCACUUUUUUGGGGGGGAAAGUCACAUUAUCAAGGGCGUGUUAAAAACAGUACCAGAACGUUCACCCAUACGGCAUGGCUGUGAUUGUUAGCAUUGAAGCUACAAGCUAUCCGGUAGCACCAGAUAAUGCAUGUUCUUUUAUAAUGACAAAACCAACAGUGACGUUUAAGCCUUCUGAUUGGCUACAGACUUAAAGCCCCGCCCCCUUCCCCACACUAAUGGGAGAGGAAUUACUGCACAAGAGUUCGAUCAAUUUUCUUCCAGCGGCGCAAAAGCAGCGGCACAAGGUUCAGAUUUUGUAUUGAGUGCACUACCAAGAACUGAGGCACAUUUACAAUCUUUUUUUUGAAUCCAUUUUUAGUUACAUUUAUUGUUGCUUGAUUUUUGUCAUUUACGUUGUAGUAGCUACAGCUCCUUUGGUCUUCGAGGUAAUAAAAAAUUAACAUAAUGUGA